AUGUCUUUACAGAAUGCUUCAAUCAAACUAACACAUUUUAUUAUAGGUGGGUUUGACACAGUCAAAAGGCCAGUGGCAGUUGGUGUGGGUAUGUUGAUAACAUAUUUACUAGCUGUUACUGGCAGUUUGGUCAAUAUCAUCUUCAUUAUUUCUGACAAGCAGUUACAUAAACCAAUGUAUCUUCUGAUUUGCAAUCUUGCUGUUGUUGACAUACUGUAUACCUCUAGCUCCACUCCAACAAUGAUCGGGGUUCUACUUGCUGGUGUUAAUACCAUAUCAUAUGUGGAGUGCUUAAUUCAAAUGUGUGUUUACCAGUUGGGAGCAACAAUGGAGUUGUUUUCUUUAACAAUUAUGGCAUUUGAUCGAUUAAUAGCUAUAAUUUAUCCUCUUCAGUACCAUAGUUAUUUAACAAAUACACGUAUAAUGGUACUUACAUACAUUCUGUGGAUUGUUGGUAGUGGUUUUGUGGCUGUUUUACCUGCAACAGUUACACCUCUUCCUCACUGCAGCUUAAGGCUUAAGUACACUUUCUGUGACUAUGCUGCAGUAAUACGAACCACUUGUGUUGACCCAGAGAAAUAUUUCAAUCUAGGUGCCAUUCUAUCAUUUUUUGUGUUAUUUUUCACAUUCAUUUUCAUUUGUCUUUCAUAUUGUGUGAUCUUGUUUUUUGUGAAAUUAUCAUCAAAUAAUGACAGAAAGAAAAUGGGAAGCACUCUUGUGAGUCACCUGAUUUGUGUAAUAUGUUUAUACUGUCCUAUGUUUGUCAUUGGUAUCUUGACCAGAUUUGGUGUGGUAUUAACUCUUGAAGAACGGCAGGGUUUAAUAAUUGGGAUCAUCCUCGGUCCAACUCUUGUAAAUCCUUUAGUGUAUUGCCUCAGGACAAAGGAAAUUAAAAAUAAAAUCGUUAAGAUAUUUAGAAAGGUUAACACAGUUGGUUAG